GAAUUUAAGUGAGUAACUUUUCAUGUUGCGUUAUUAGUUGAGUGUGAGAGUGAGCUUUAUAGGAAAUGGUCGUCGGACCAUGAAUAUGUUGGGUAAAAUCUAUGUUUUUGACACAUGAACGUGUAUUUAAAGUACUAUAGCAAAGUUUUUUCAGACUGGAAAUCAUCUAGUGUGCGCAUUUGCUUGAACUUACUCAUCAAUUCCGAUUACAUUUUAACUACUGGGGAAUCUCUCUUAAAAGUAUCUCAAAAAAUAGUAUUUAAAGAUCGAUGAAUUCAGUUAUAGCUCUGUAAAUGCCACGUCAACUUACCAUUACAUAUCAUAGCUAGACAGCUUAUAUAAAAUUAAGCUACUUUUCAUUCAAAUGAUAUGAUGUCAUUCAAAUUACACAUGCAAUGUACAGUGGUCGUUGAAACUCUAACACGGAUAGAUCUUAAGAAUUUUUAUCAUGUUUCUAAUACUUUUAAUAUGAACCUGUAAGCAAUUGCUUACAGCUUAAGCUGUAUUUUUAUACAGUAUGCAGAUAUUUUUCCAUGAGAAUCCUGAAGAGAGACGUAAAGUGUAAGACUUUGGAGUAUAUCUUUGCGAGCGUCCAUGGUCAACAUAUAAAAUGCAUGUGACGCCAAAUGACGAAUAUGAACUCAAAACAAAUUUUAAUCGAAAAUUUUAUUAGUUGAGUUUCAAAAACAGCAAACUGUACGAUUUUGUGGAAAGUGCAUAACACUAUUACAACCUGCCUAGUGAACGACCAUAUAUCUUGAGGAAGUCGAGCUGAAAUAAGUUGAAGUAUUGAUUGUGAUGUAUGUCUUAGCAAACUUCUGAGUCCAUACAAAUGCAUCCUGAUAGCUAAAAACCAAAUCAGAGUUUAAAGACAGCAGAGCACCAAGGGUUCUUGUUAAGGUAUAAAUCAGAUUGAAGUGGGGACUCAUGUACACACCAAUUGCCACUUCCCAUAAGCACAAUGUGAGCACUUUAUCACUACUAACCUCGGCGCUCAGUGAUGCAAAUCUGUCAGGCUACAGACAACGUUUGUGUUCACUAGAGUCAUCUUUACACUGGAGAGUGAUUUUGAGACUACAGAAAUUGCAUGACCUAGGCUCGUUGUGUAAAUCUUCUAACCUUAUCUUUUGAUCAUGGUGCUCAUAUUCUCAUUCUCUUUGACAUCCGAAUGGAAUAAAAUUAAUGACUAUAUAUAAUGACUAUAUUUUCAAAUCUUACUAACUUUUCCAUGAUUUGACUACGGCUUCAAGCAAAACCGGACAAAUGAUGACGUGUUUUCUUUACAUUUGCUUGAGUGUUUUUGAUUGUAAUCGUGUUCCGACUCAUAUAUCGAUUUCUUACACGACUAUUGAAAUUAGCAGCUAACCAACGCUUUAUAAUGGUGACAACUGACGUGCAACAUUCGUGACUAUUCAACCGACAAGUGGUAAAAUAGUUUUGAAAUUUUGUCACACCAUAAUGGGUUUCAUUUGAAAAACACUGAAAGUCAAAACAAUCAAUAGUACUAUUUGUAUUCAACGGGACAGAAAUUCGUAAAUAAUUUUGAAACAAAUCCUAGUAGCUAAGCACCGAAAUAUUGUUAAAAAGAAAGGACUUUUGACUCACAAAAAUGUAGUAUAUUGAAACGAAUGAAUAGAGUGGAUAUUUGUCGACAAAGCAUAAGGUUGACUUGUUUUGAUCUGUGUUUCUAAAUAAAAUAAUGGACUGAAAAUUUAGGAACUAAUUUUUAGUAAACAUCAAUAAACACUCCCAACAUAAAAAGCAUUAUUCAACAUUUUCUUCGAGAGGAAGUUUGUCAGGUUUGAACUAUCUCAAAAGGCGAUAUCUACUAGUUUUUAGGUAACACUCAUUUGAGUCAAAGUUACUGGCACAAAGUGAUGGUUACGUUCCAUUUCGACUGAUUUACAUCCAUCACCAACGGUUUGGAAUUAUUAUGCUGCAUUAAAGAUUUAAACAACACCUUCCAGAUAAUUUGCGUACAUAAAGCUUUUCUAAAUAGCAAAUGUGGAGGAACAAGAUCAAACCACUUUAAACAGUUAACAGAGACAGUUUAAAUCAAACACUAUUGUACUAUCACUGUUAUAUUAAAUUUUCUAGGUUCUUCAUUACAUGAUGACUGCAGUCAUGAGAAAUGCAGAUAAAACAUGUAUUAUCUGCCGUGUUUACCAAAGACAACAAAAUUGAUUAUCAUGUCAGAUUAAUUCUCCUUUAUAUACCACAUUUUACGGUAAAAGUUUUGAAAUUAAUUUAGUUCGUACACAUCAAAGAUUGGUCUAAGAUUAUUUUCAAUAACCUUUUACUCAAUCCUUAAUUCCGCUUCUAAAUUUAUGAUAUGAAAUGUUAUGUUUUCAGAAGUGUAUGAUGAAUUUGAAGGUGUGGCAAAGCUAACUGUAGUUCUCAGAAUGCCAUAAAUCUGAAUAAAGUAUAGUGAAGCAACUAAAGAAAACUUAAACGGCAGACGUCUCUGAAGGUUUAUUCUAGUAUAAAUGAAAUCAUUUUAAGCGUGAUGAGUUGUUGAGUGUAAAGGGUGUUUUUUUACGACGUCUUGUAUGCGUAACUUCAAAAACAGCAAUUUGUCGUGUAAAGGAAUAGAUCACCUGCUUCUUGUUAAGUAGAUUGGAUUUAAACCUUUCUUCAAUUAUGACCUUUUGAUUAAAUAUCCACUUCAGUGGUAAUUGGAGUAAACUUCGAGUAACGUCAAAGAUCAACCUUAAAAACUGAAUAAACAGGAUCUGUGAAUGUAUAAAAAGUGACUAUGUGUAAAAGUAAACAACACCAGUAGAAAGCGGGAAAUCUUAAUCAUUUUAUAUUCAGCUCUAAAUAAUGUAUGCCAAAAACGAAAUGUGGUGAGCGUAAAAUUACGCACUUUCAUUUAAUAUAACUUUGCUUAUCUUGUUUCAUAAAGUUAUAAUUAAAUCCCUCUUAUCAAGUAAACACACUUUCAGUACAUUAUUUUGCGUGCUGAAAAAUAUAUACUUAUUCCACGUCAUCAUUUUCUUCUCUCUGUAAAUAUUUUUACAGAUUAAAUAGAAUUUAAAACUAGUCAGCUUGAGAAGAGAUGUUUGAGGAUUGUAAAGAAUGAGAUUAUGAAUUUUCCUGAUAACCCUUUCCAAUACAGAAAUAAUUUGCAUUAAAAAGUACACAAACAAACGAGAUUUCAUAAAAACAGUAGUCAUUCUACACUGACUUAUCCUUUCUUCAGUUACUGAAAAGAAUAUUUUUACCUAAAAUAUAUGCUGAUGUCCGGAUUGACAGUCGAAACAUCAAAGUUAAACCAUACAAAUUAUGGAACGCUACAUUCUGGAGUUUAUCAGAAAGUUAUGUAUGUAAUCCAUGACAACCCUCACUAUAUUGACAUCAGGAAUAAAUAUUGGUUGAAACAACAUGCGAGAUGAUACCGGUUCGAUAUAGAUUCAAGACACUGUUUUAUUAGGUCCACAAAUCAGAUAACAAUAAUACUGCAGAAGAAUAUAUUAGUUCAUUGGUUCUUUCAGACACGAAAAAAUACCAUCCUACUGUUUACUUCUGCGAAAUUUCACCAAAUAUGAAGUAAAAAUAAAUGAAGAACCGAAUAACUUUAAACUCAGUGUAAAUAUAUUCAAAUAAUACUAUUGGAUCUCAUGGACCUUUGGAAAUGAAAUAUGUCGACUCAUACUCUAAUAACCAAGAACAGUUCGUCAGUUAUUUCAACGAAAACAAACCAAGGAAACACGAUAAAAGCUGAUCUCUUCAAUGCUUCUUUAUCAACUUAUCCUUCUGACAAGCAAAAUAUACUAAAUAAUAUUGAUACAAAGAUAACAUCAGCAUCAACUUUACCUGUAAAGGAAUCAAUUAUCAGUCAUAGUAAUACCAGCGAUAAUUUGACAAAUUACAAUUCUUCAUCUUUACAAGAUAAAAAAUGCACAAUGAAACAGGAUACACUAAUCACUUCUCAACCAAUCAAAAUACAGUUACGUGAUGAAUCUAAAGAGUGUAGAAUCAAGCAAAAAUUGGAUCUUAUGAAUGCAUCAAUCAGUGAACAGAAUUACAAUAAAUCUCAUUUCUUACAAAAUUCUCGACCACAUAUAUGCAUGUCACCAAGAUGUCCACCAGAUGGUGCGGCAGUUCAUGAAAUCUCUCCAUCCAAUCUCAGUAAAUCAAAUAAAUCUGUCAUUUAUGAAAAUUUAAUUGAUAAAUAUUUAUUAAUGGAACAUGAUAAUCAUUUAACAAAAGAAAUCUCUCCACAAUCAUUAGUUACUACGUGUACUGUUAAUAGCGUUACAACAACACCAACUUUUAUUGAUAAUUCCUCCAAUGCAAAUAAUCACGUGAACAAUAAUGCCAAAGACAUUAUGACACACAGAGUUUCAACUCAAAGUACUCAAACAAAUUUCGACAUAAUGACAGUUACAUCAACUAAUCUUCUACAAGAUUCACUUUCCACUUGUGAUAGUAAUAGUAAAAGUCAUCUAACCUCAGAAUCGACUAAUUCUUAUCUGUCCCCAUCCAAGAAAAUUGUAAAUAUCACUACCCAACCUCAAUCACCAACAGAUACAAAUACUUGGUUCCCACCCCCACCUCCAACACCACUUCGAGAUUCGAUAAUGAAUUCUACAAAUAUUGAUCUGAAAGCACCGCACUAUCAUGAACAUUGUCGUCCAGAUGAAGUUCGUUCAUUAGUUUUGGACAAAAUUUCUGAUAAAUCCUCUAAUAUCAUUACUAAUUUAAACGUAUCUUCAAUUUCUGAAUUAAACUGUUCAGCACAAAUUAGUACAUCGGUUUCUUCAAUAACAAAUUUAAAAUUAUCCUCAUCUCCACCAACACCACCUUUACCUCCACCGUCUUCCCCACCCCACCCACCAUCAGUUCCUCCAAGACAUCCAGCUACUUCAUUACAAUAUAAAAUAGAACUGACUGAUUUACCGAAAACUGUAUCUGAAAAGGCAAAGAACAAUAGUGUUUCGGAGAAAUCGGAAAGCCAAUCUCAUCAAAACUUUCCUGACACUGGUAACACAUUAUCAGUACAAACACCUUUGAGAACAUCAUGUCAAAAUUCUGCCACAGCUUACAUUCCAAAUAAACAGAGUUCAAUUUGUCAAUCAGAUAAAUUAACAGAUUCUUCCGCAACGAAAAUUGGCAAUGAAACCAAAAUAUUAACAAAUAAUUCCUCUGAGAUGACAGAAUCUAAGGCACAACCAGUUUCAGCUAGUGAUCUAGAUGAAAGAAACAAAGAUUCAACAAAUUGUCCUCUUGAUGGAAGAUCUGUUGUUCCAUGGGAUUCGAAUCAAGAAGACACCACCGUCUUACUUUCAGCCACUUCAUCACAAAAAACACUUCAAGCAAAUGAAACGGAAAUAAUUAAAUCAACGUGCAUUAUUUCUCACGCUCCAACAAUAACUUCUUCUACUUCAUUCCCUGAUAAAAGAAAUGUCAACUGGGCAUUUUCAAACCAACAUAUUUCUACUUAUCCUUUAGAAAAACUAGAUCCACUUAAUCUUGACUCAACAAACCCUGUUUUAAUUAAAAAACAAUCAGUAAAAUUUCAUGAAUCAAACAGAUUGCAAAAUGAUCAAAAGUCAAAUGUCACUGUAACUAGACCAAAUUUUUUAUCAGAUUUCAUAUUGAUAAAAUCUACACACCCUGAUCAGCCAUCGAUUAAACGCCUUAUUUCACCUGAAGAUUUGAAAAAUGAACGUACUAUUCGAAAACAUUAUAAUAUUACGAAUAAUCAUGAUUUAAAUCAAUCUGUGUUAUUACAGAAUGAAGAACAAGAUGAAUUUGUACCAUUUAUUUAUUCAGUAAAAGAUCCAACACUUUUAAAUCAUCAUAACCGAGAGUUGCUAAUAAAUAGUCAUCCAGAAAUACAAUCAAAUCAACAAAUUGAUGUAGCUUGGUUGAAAACUCAACAAAGGAUUGAAUUGAUCAAUUCAAAUAACUCACGAAACGGAAUUCGUCGAUCUUGUCGAGAUUUCCCUCAGCGCCAAAUCAGUGCACAACCCACAUUUACGAAUAUACAACCAGGUGUUAUGCAUUUAUCUCCAACAAGAACACAUAAAGAACAUUUCACCUCUAGAAUUCCACCUUCCAGUAAGAAUAGUAAUGUACUUUUGAUGACACAAUCUAGUUUACCAGCUGGAUUUCCUGAACAAAAACCAGAAUAUUUUAUACAUUACAGACAUAAAUCUGAUAAUCUUGUUCAUACUAAUCCUAAUUUCGUCACAGAUACGAGCUCGACUCGUAUGUCCGGCGAUUCUACACAUGUACAGUACUAUCCUCAAAGAAAUCGUUCAUAUAAUUCUGAGAAUUCCUGUAUGACAGAUUUAAUUGCACCAAGUUACAACAGUAGUAUGACGCAAUCAGUAUUCUUCCCUCUAGAUUCAGGAUGGGGUCCACCAGAUGUUAAAUCAAAUGAUUCAACCAGCUCUAAACACAAAAAACAUCGUUCAAAUAUGAUUCGUUCACACAGUCAACGUACUGCCGAUCCACAAGCUAAUUUAUUAGAAGGAAAUCAGUUAAGCACGUCCUCAGAUCACACAAGAUGUUUAAUACCUUCAAAAUAUUAUCAUCGUAAUUUAAGUCAAACAGUACCAGCCAAUCCAGAUAGUAAUUCCAUUUGGCCUCCAGUUCUUGUUCAGUGGCAUAGAAGGAGACCAAAUGUUGCUGCUAGUUCAGAAAAUUUCCCCGACAUAAUAGAUUACCAGAGAAGUAAAAGAUACAAUGAGAAUCUACACAUUCCAGCUGAAUAUUAUAGACAACAAAAAUCAGAUUUUUCACGUCACCAUAGUAGUAGUACAACAGCGAUAUCUGAACAACUUGAAAAUCAACUAUGGUUUCACCGUGAUCUUUCACGUUCACAUGCAGAAAAAUUAUUGAAAUCUACACCGACAGGUAGUUUUCUUGUAAGAAGAAGUGAGACAAGUAAAACAGAAUUAUCAUUAUCAAUAAAACGAGAAAGUGAUGUACUCCAUAUGAAAAUUUCACAGGAUCCUGAAACCGGAGGUUAUGUUCUAGGCGAAUAUAGUCAACCAUAUCCAAGUGUUUCAUCUAUGAUUUAUCGUUAUUCACGAACUUUGCUACCAGUACGUGGUACAGCUCCGGUGUUGUUGCGCUUCCCAAUCAGUCGUAUUGCAUUUUCACACUAAAUAAAUCAAACAACUUAUAACUUAUAUACAUUCUAUUUACUUAGUGAUUUAUUUAUACAUCUCUUUGUUAAUUUUUUUUUCUAACAGAUAUUGGUGAUUAUCAUUUUGUAUUACGAUCCUCUCCCCCAUUACUUUUACAAUUUCUUUUUCCAUGUUCCUUUUAUUUUAUGACUUUGUUGUCCAUUUUCAUUAAAUUUCAUUUUCUUUGUAUUUAUACCUAUUUAACAUUUCAAUGUAACUGUCAACUUGUCCUACAUUUAUUUACAGUAGUACACAUAUAGAGUCUUUCGUAUUAGUACUAUGAUGGAUAAAUUAAAAAUGUUACCGAUGUUUAACACAAAUUCUCCUGGUUAUGCAACUACCGUUUAACUAGCAUUUAGUAAUUGUUUAUUUAUACCAGUGCUGUUUUUACGAUUUAUGAACAAAACACACAUGUUUAUUUUUCAACUCUUCGUUGAUUUCUUUCCAUUUGGUAGGUUCGUAAUUCAAAUUUUGUCCGUCUUUCUUCCCGAACCGAAUAUAAUGUCUUCUAGUUAAUGACUGUCUAAUUACGCAAUAUUUAUAUUAUUCAACUCACUAAUAUAGUCCAGUAAUCUUAUGUUGUUUUUAAGCCUAUUUUAAACACAAAUUAAACGUGUUCACUUUCAAUAACUAGGCAAAAAAAUAUUUGAGAGAGAAUCUUUAACACGCACAAGCUUUGGAAACCUUAUGUAUAUUAAACACUAUUAAAUAACUUGACUUUUUUUUCGUCCGCUUUCUCAUUUAUUGAAUUAUGGAUAUUGUACUUGAUUGGCUAAUUUGAUUUUUUAAGAAUUGUGCUACUUUAGGUUGUAAUUACUUUUAUUGCUUUGAAUUUUGUUUUGUUUUUUUGGUCACUUAAAUUUAUAACAAAAAUGUUGGGAACAAUAGUACCGCAUUUUAUUUAUAUCUUUCUCCAAGAGAACAUUUAUUCUUAAUAAUCGUCAAUAUCAUUGUAAUUGUUACUAUUAUUAUCAAUGUCAUUAUUUCUUUCGAAUAUUCAUUGUUGUAUAAUUUUUACUACUGACUUAUAGAGUUGCUGUUCUUGCGUCUCUAUAAUAUAAAACUUCAGCUUUAAUGCCAACUAUUUCGUUAUAUACAAUCUACUUAGCUAUCCGAUCCAAAGGUUACUUCUAUGAGUUAUAAUAAAUAUUAGCCUUGAAUAUAUUUAAAAUAACAAUGACAGUACAGAAAUAAAGGUGUUAUAAUGUAU